AUGUCACCCAGCCCGGUCACAGAGAGUAUGAAGUAUUUCCUCAAGGCUGAGAAGUUCGCUGUUAUAGGUCGGACGAUGAACGACAGGUCGAGGUGGGAUAACAAGAUAUUGAGAUGGUAUCAACAACGUAAUUUCCCUGUCACGGCCGUUCGACCUAACAAACCUUCUGAGGAAGUUGAAGGUCUAAGCUUGUUGACUGAACCAACCCAAAUACCCGAUCUUCCUUCAACAUCCAUCUCAAUAAUCAUCAACCCCCUAGUCGGUAUAGAUAUCCUCAAAUCGCUAUAUCCUACUCCACCUGAUCCGAAGAGAGAACCAAGGAGUAUAUGGUUCCAGCCUGGUGCUGAUUCAGCUGAGAUAUGGGAGUAUGUCAAACAGCGCGGACUGGAAGAUAAGGUGAUUGGGAAAGGAGCAUGUGUAUAUAGGGAUGGUGAUGGGAUUUUGGAUCUGAUCAAGAAUGAAGAGAAAGAGGGGAAAGGUAAAUUAUAA